AUGCCCAUUCUGCUCGCUCUCCUCGCAGUCUCACGAGAGAGGCUUGCGUGCCUGCGAUCGACCUCGGCCGACGAGGUGGACAACGCCACCAAGCAACCGAAUGAACCAAGCCACGCUAGCACAUGGCGUUGGGUGCCAGCACGGUCAUUCGAGCAGCUGUUCCUCUCGCAUCACUGCGCGGUGGACACGGCUCGAACGACCGUCAAACCUAUUUAG